AUGUUCACCCAUCUUCCUGUUCUAUUUGUGUGGUUUCUAUAUGUCGCAGAGGCUUUCCAACACAACGCUCAAAGUCACACCUUUGGUCAUUUCAGUAACUCGUCAAGCCCGGCCCCGCACCCGACCUGUCUGGAUGGAUUAGGCUUCUGUAGCUCGUCAGAGGGGUUCACUAGCCAGAACAUCACCCAAAUAUCUCAACCUCCAGUCAUUGUCAAGAAAGAGAAAAAGACGAAAGAAGGCGGCGGAGACGACAACGAUUUUAUCUUAAUCCCAUUCAUAUGUCUCGGGUGCUUUCCUGGAGGAUUUCCUCCCAAUAUCAGCAUAGAGUUCAAGCUGCCUGAGUUCUGUAUCAAGAUUUUGUGGUUCGAGAUCGGGAAUUGCCCUAGUGACGAUGGCAAGAAAGGGGGAGAAGACGGCGGCGGAGACAAAGGGGGAGACGACAGCAACGACGAUGACGACGAUGACGACGAUGAUGAUGAUGAAGAAGACAAAUCAUCCUCAGAAUCAUCAGCGUCGUCUUCAACAUCGAGCUCUUCUUGCACAGACACCGUCACUGCGACCCACCGGACAGUGUAUUGCUCUGUGACCCAAGACAUUCGUGGAGGCGAGAACGCAAAGGCCACUGCCGUUACUACGUGUCUCAGCAGUAUCCAGACCGAGGUUACGGGCUGCGGCGUGCUCAACUCGGUCACCACAGUAACCACGACAAGGACUGGCAGCGAAAAGCCAUACCCGACAUGCGGCCCAGAUGUUUGUGGUGACAAUUGUCCGGCGCCAAGUGCGACAUCUACCAGCAACCCAACCUCCACUAGCCAACCACCUCUACCGCUCCUGAAACGAGGGGAUCCUGCCAAUGGCGAAUGGCGUGGCCCUGAGGACUACGAACUUGGUUACGACGAGUUUAUGCCAGAGCAGAUCAGGGAAGCUCGCAACGCCGCGACGGACCCUAACCCAGGCCCUGGCGGCUACAAACCUAAGCUUUUGAGAGUUCCGCCCUCCCAUAUGGACCCAGUCCACAAUUUCAAAGUCUCAACUCAAUGGGUAUCUUUCAAAGACAAUGUGGAGACAUUAGCCAUUGAGGGACUUUGGGGCUGUACGGCAGUGGUUGUUGUCUCUAACAGAGGUGCUUGGGUAAGCUACUUUUCGGAGGCUUUAAUGGGAAGAAAUAACCUGAAUGAUUUCAGGUCCGCGCUCGCUGACCAUCGUCUCGGGUCUGGUGAGGGUGAUCCAAUGCGAGAGUGGAAUGAGUACGGUAUCGAAAACCUUAUGAACGACCCAGGGGCCGGAGACCAUGGGGUGAUUUUCGGCGACGAGAACAAUGAUGACGAAAACAUUGCGAGCCUCAACAUACAGGCCUUCAUCAUCACGCCACGCCCGAGAUAUAGCUACUACAACGACGACGGUACUCCACGGACAGAUCGCUUUCUUCAGAAUCCCAAUCACUUCAAUAUGCAGGUAUUAUACCCGCUCCACGUCGACUGGAUCAGACAAGACUUGAACAGUGUGUUCCAGAACAGGCUUACACAUUGGGUUACAACUCUUGACUAUCCUACACCGAUGCUUCUCUGGUCAGAUUGGAAGGGAUAUCAGCAGAAUCACUUGACACUUCAGGAUACAGUCAACAUACUGAAGGAUGUUAACUGUGAAAAGGCCCGCGGAAAAACGAUUGUUCAGUACAAACCAGCAGAGUCAUGUAAUGGAAGGGCUGAAUGGCGUAUCUUCUCAGAUACCAUGAGGCAACAGGGUGAAUCCCAGUGGGUUCCGGAAGAUGGUCAGGUAUGGAGAGGUGGAAGGGCUGCUGACGAAAUGGAUUUGGAUCCCGACCAACCGGGCCUUGCCCGCAGAAAGGUCUGCCCACGUCCGAGCCAGACUACCUCCUCAUGUUCCGUCACUGUCACUGCCACGCAUCAGACAGUGUUUUGUUCCGUAUCUAAAGCCGUGGCUGUUGGAAAUGCCACCCAAACAACAGCUACGACAACAUGCUUGAGCAGCGCAUACACUACCGUCAUAGGUUGUAGCGUCGCCAACUCAGUAGUCACAACCACGGUCGCAACCACGCAGACCUCCAGCGCAAGGGCUCUACCUACAUGCGAGCCAGAUUCCUGCGGUAGUUGCCAGCCGUUGCACUUGAUACCACCACAAGAGCCGCCACAAGAGUCUUCCGAUGAACCCAUGCAGCAAAGUGUUCCUCGGCCGGUUGCGAAGCGUGGGGAUACAGCCUACGGGUUCUGGCAAGACAUUCACGAUUCUCACAGUGGCUAUCGCCAAUGGAUGCCAGCGCAAAUCCGACAAGCACGCUUGGCGUCGCAAAAUCCCUUCCCAGCAGAACCAGGAGCAUUCAGGCCCACACUUCUUAAGGCAAUGCCUGAAGGAUUUGACUUGCCAGUAUCCACGAAAUUUGUGCUUUUCAAAGACAAGCCCGAGACUCUCGCCAUCGAAGGACUCUGGGGCUGCACAGUCGUUCUUGUGGUAUCCAAUCGAGGUGCCUGGGCUGCUUACUUUUGGGAAAGGACGAUGUACGAUGAACAAGAAAUGACACAAGCUCUAGACCAGUGGCGACAUGGUACUGGAGAAGACGAAGAAAUGUUUCAGUACAACGAACGUGGCCUCGACCAGCUGACCGAUUAUGAGCGGGAUGGAGACGUGGGUGUUAUGUUUGGCAACCCUGCAGACGAAGAUGUUGACCAUUUGAACAUCAAAGCAUUCAUCUUCGCGCCCCGACGCAAGCCGGUAUAUCGAAAUCCCGACGGCUCGUCAACAAGUGGUCUCAACAAUGAACACUUCGCAGCGGGCGCUGUAGACCCCGACUUUGAGGAUAGCGUGGAACUCAUUAUCAGAGACCUUCAAAGGAAGUUUAACGGCGAAAUCGAGAUUGAUAUCGUCGACUAUCCCAGACCAACGCUUACACUCGCGGACUACGAUUGGUGGAUGGGUCUUCCUGAUGAUGUGGCAAUGUCCGAUCGGUUUCUUGUUCCUGUCAUCAAGACCCUAAUGGACGAUGUCUGUAGGGUUCAUCGAGGCAAGGUGAUUCUCCAAUAUCAACCCUCGAGAUCCGCCUGCCAAGGUCUUACAGCGAAGUGGAGAGUAUUUGCGGAUGUCUAUGGACAGGUUUCGACGGGGGAAUGGCUGCCAGAAGAGGGUCAACGCUGGCAAGGCGCAGACCCGCCAGCUGAGGGGGGAGCGGCUCAAAAGAGACAAAAGUGUACAAGGGAGAUCUGUGACACCUUUUCCGUCAAGUUCACGGUUGUCGCCGAACGGUACUUGGUCAUUUACUUUGCCAGCCAACACGUCAAUCCCGAUGACAAGACUGCUCUCAACAAGCUUCAGCUCACUUUCAACGAUAAAAUCGAACACAACGUCAACACCGCGUUCCAGCACACUCUCGAUCAGCAGCACUCUGUUUUCUUCGAUCAAAUCAAAUGCGACAUCUACAACACGGUCCAGUACACCCCCGAUGAAUAG